AUGGGUGUCGCCAUGACAAUCGCCGUCGCCAUCGUCGCCCUCGCGGUGCUGGCGCCUCUUCCCCUCCUUCCAGGAACUCAUGCGGCCAAGGUCAAAGGCCCACAAAUGACGGUGCUGCAGGCGCUGAUACAAGAGUGGGGCAGGUUCAACGGCAGUGCGACGUGGACGCCUGCCACUGACUGUGACAAUAUGGAGGGCCUUUUCUGCAAUCCCGGUGGCGAUGUCACUGCCAUGGGCCUGUUCAGCAAGAACCUCAAGGGAAGCGUACCCACCAUCCUUUUCACCCUCUCUCAGCUGCAAGCCCUGGACCUGUCAAAUAAUCAGCUAACAGGCCCCCUCCCGUCGUCCUUUGCCAACCCUACAGUUCUGGUUGAAAUGGACCUGACUGACAACCAGCUCAGUGGCUCCAUACCUGCUGAAUUCAGCAAGCUUACAGAGCUUGUAAUGCUGCGUCUGAACUAUAACCAGCUCUCAGGAUCCAUCCCAGAGGAAGUGGCAGCCAUGACCAAACUUUUAGUCCUUCGCCUCGAGAACAACCAGUUCUCAAACUCCAUUCCUGCCAAAAUAAACUUGCUGCGAACUCUCACAGAACUAGACUUGAGUGGCAACUCGCUGACGGGAAGCGUGCCCGUUGAAAUGAGCCUCAUGACAAACCUGCAGUACCUAAAUCUCGGCAAGAACCAAAUCACGGGGUCUGUUCGUGCGGAACUUGGACAAUUGAAUAAAAUGGCGUACUUGUACCUUAACGACAACAAGCUUUCAGGAAGUGUUCCUGUUGCGUUGAAUGGAUUGACUGGCCUCCAGGAGUUGUCACUCGCUAACAACCAGCUGGUGUCAGCCAGUGUGGACACGGUGCUUGCUGCCUUCACCUCCGUCUCUGUACUAGACAUCUCGCACAACCUAUUUACAGGAACCAUUCAAGCAGGGAUAAGUGACCUCUCCAAUUUGGCAGUUCUUCGAAUGGGGGGGAUUAAUCUCGGAGAAACUGGGCUUCCUGGAGAGAUCCUUUCGCUCACCAGACUCUGCGUCCUGGACCUUAGUGACACUCGAAUUUCGGGACCCUUGCCAGAUCCUCUUAGCAGCUUGUCUUUCCUCCGACGACUCAACCUGAGUGGCAACAGUAUCUCAGAUUACGUUGAUCCACUUUCCGCCCUUGCAACCCUCUCCUACCUCGGCAUGUCAAACUGUGGUUUUGUCUUCCCCCCUCCCAACUCUCUCACCAACCUUGUGGACCUUCAGGCAUUCGAAUUCAGCCACAACCAAGUGAUUUCUGCCUCCAUCCCGCAGUUCCUCUUCGACUUCUCAGGGCUUGCCUCUCUUGAUCUGGCCAAAAGUGGUUUUGAAGGCUCCAUUCCUGUACCAACAGCCCGCAACACCAGAUUCACACACCUUGACCUCUCUGGCAAUGCUCUCUCAGGGUCUCUCCCCGAGGGGCUUUCCAAAGUUGCUGGUGCAGUCACUAUUGAUAUCUCAGGCAAUAAUAUUGAUGGCUCCAUUCCUGCUUCCUUCACUAGACUAAAAAACCUUCAAAAUCUAGUGCUCGCGUCCAACCAGCUCUUUGGCGACAUGUCUCCUAUUCUCAGCCAACUCACAACCCUCAGGAAACUGGAUCUGAGCUCCAACCAGAUAUCAGGGCCACUGCCCACCGCCCUUACUGUUCUCACUACCCUCUCACACCUCAACCUGAGCAGCAACAUCUUCUCGGGAUCACUGCCUGUGGUCUACAGCCGCCUCUCCCAACUCACCACCCUGGGCGUGUCGUCCAACCUUCUCUCAGGUCCCAUCCCAGAGCCCGUUAUUGCCGCACUCAUCAAUGCACCCCAGCUGGACAUGAGUCGCAACCAGUUCUCAGGAUCCAUGCCUUCCUCCCUCUCCCUCCUCACCAAACUCACCAACCUGGAUUUGAGCUUCAACCGUCUCUCCGACUCGAUUGCUUCUUCCAUCAGCACCCUCUCUGCCAUUAAGACGCUAUCUCUCUCUAACAACCUCCUCAGUGGUUCCGUCCCUGCUGAAGUGCUUGUAAAAAUUACCAGCCUGCAAAAGCUCGAUCUGGGGUACAACAGGCUAGCGGGAACUGUUCCUGCAAGCAUCACUGGCCUGACUGCCAUCACUAGCAUUGACCUGAGCAACAACGACCUGUCCGGCCCGCUGCCAACGAGCAUCAGCCAGAUCACCACCCUCAAGGCCCUCAAUCUGAAUGGCAACGAGUUGUCCGGCUCCAUACCUUCGCAAUACUCCACUCUCACCAAUCUUGGAACUCUCAAGCUCUGCUGCAACAAAAUUAGUGGCACCCUGCCCGAUAUUCUUGGAGGGCUGUUGAAGCUGGAAACACUUGACCUGAGCAACAACCGUCUGCAUGGAACUCUUCCCACUCAAUUCACCGGCCUUGUCCGUCUCACCCUCCUCAACCUGCGCAACAACCAGCUGACAGGCCCCGUACUGCAGCCCAUCCCAGCAACCCUCACCUCCUACAAUCUCGAUCUCAACUACUUCUCCUCAGGCUUCUCCUCCCCACCCAACUGCUCUCAAGGCUCCAUCUCCUUCCGCUUCAACUGCCUCCUAACCCAAGGCUACGCCUGCCCCACGCCUGCCACGCCCUCUGCUGAGGCUGCAGCAGUGCAGCGGCCAGAAGUUCUCUGUUCUGUUUUUUGCGGCGUGAGUGCUGCCGAUCCCCCGUGUGGCGGGCAUGGCUCGUGCUAUGCGGCCGGCCCAAACAAAGUACCCACGUGUGACUGUGAUCCCGGGUUUGUCAACGGAGAGUUGCCUGGAAGCUGCGUCCCUGAAGGAAGUGUGCCGGGCGACCCAGUGGACAUUGUGCCGACAGCAGCACAGAUAGAAGUCAAAGGGAAGGCGGCAGUAGCAACUGACAGCACCAUCACGCUCACAGACUCACAGCCCAACAUAUGGGGCGCAGCGUUUUACAAAAUCCCUGUCGCGCUCUUCUCCUUCUCCCUUAAAGCUGGUUCAUGCGGCCGGCCAUUCGCCUUCACCGUCUAUUUCUCCUUCUCCAUUCUCAAACCAACCACCGCCAACGCUGGAUCAGAAGCAGGGGACGGGUUUGCGUUUGUGAUUGCAGCCAGUGACACUUUAACAGGCGGUAGCAGCGGCAGCAGCGACGGCAGUGGUGGCAGCGGCAGCUUGGGGUAUGCAGGCAUGGAUGAGCGCAGCAUAGCCGUGGAGUUUGACACUUCUAAGAGCACCGAUGCCAACGACCCAGACAGCAACCACGUGGGGCUCAGCGUUAAGGGCAAAACCACUUCCAUCGCAACUGCCAAAGCAGCCCUCACUCUCAACGACGGCAUUCCAAAACAUGCCUGGGUUGUCUUCGACCCCUCUCCUUCCUCCUCUUCUUCCUCUAGUUCUGCCAGUGGUGCCAGCACCGCUACCACUAAAGGCACGGGCUUGCUGCAAGUGUUCCUCUCAACCAGCGCGUCCCCCCAUCCGAGCAAGGCAGUGCUGUCUGUGCAGGUGUCUCUGUGCCAGUACCUGAAUCCCACCAAACAGGAUGAUUCGUUCCUCAUGGGCUUCUCUGCUUCUACAUCAGCUUCCCCGCAGCAGCACUCCAUCCUUGCCUGGAACAUCAACGCAGGCCUGCCAGAAACAACCACUCUCAAAGGCCAGCAGUUUGGGUUCCAACUGAGCGAGGCAUCCCUAAAGCCAGUGGGGGCUAAUCCUUUCUUCCGCUAUGCCAGUGGGGGCGUGCAGCCUCUUCAGGCGCCAGGAACAGCAGCAGGAGGAGAAGCAGGAGGGGCAGGAGGCGGGGAGGAUGAGGAGGUGUGGGUUGUGAGCCAGGCGUUCUCCUGGGCUGACCUGGGCCUCCCUUGGCCUGUCAAGAACCAGGGACCCUGUGGCGACUGCUGGGCGUACGCAGUGGUGGGCAGCAUAGAGAUGGCAUACGGAAUCCUCUCCAACCUCACUGCCGUGCCGCUCCUCUCCGUCAUUCAACUGCGAGACGCCCUCAGCUCCUCAUGCUCACAAGGCAACUCGCCCUCCCAGGCCUUCCAGUAUCUCAUCACUCUCAAUGCCAAGGCCAACAUUGGGCUGACGGAGGAAGGGAAGGGGGGGGUGGUGGUGAGCGGGGGCAGGGGCAAGAAAAAUGGCAGCAGCGGCGCGAGCCCGCUCUGUGGCAUGCCUGUCUUUGCUCAACUUGUGAAAGUUGCCUCCCUUACCCACCUUCCCUGCCUCACAUCUCAUACCGCUCCUUCCUUACCCCUCCUCCCUGACCCUCCUCCCCUGCCCCCUCCGCAGAGCAAGCUAUCGGGGGGGCCAUUCAGAGUGAACGGGUUUGAGCGCACAUCAUUCCACGGCUGGUUUGGGCUGCUGCUGGCCGUGCAGCGACAGCCCGUGGUGGUGCAUGUGCAGGCCACCGCCCCCUCCUUCCUUAACUAUGAUGGGCUAUCCAAAUAUGCGGACCCAGAGUGCUUCACGUACAACCUGAACCACGUGGUGCUGCUGGUGGGCUAUCGCCUCACCGGCUCAGACCCCACCUUCCCGCACAUGGCGCCGCCCUUCUGGAUCAUCCGCAACUCAUGGGGCCCGGAGUGGGGCGACGGCGGGCACAUGCGGAUGGACAUCCAGGGGGGCGACGGCGUGUGUGGGAUCAACACGCUGCCUGGGAUCUACCCGGUGGUGCGCGCUACUGCCGACCCGUGCAAUGUGAACGGCACCACCAGGGAGGAGUUUGGAUCGCUGUUCAACCCGUGUGGCAACUUCACGUGCACUGUUGAUGGAAGCAGCAACCGCUGCGAUUGCAAUGACCCGCGAUUCGUGGAGGCUCGUAAUCCCGACAACACGCGCACCUGUGCUUACAAGGAUGCAUGCAGGGCAGCGGUGCGCAAUCCGUGUGCGGUGGGCACGUGUGUGAAUGAUGGCAAGGGGUCGUACUCGUGUGUUUGCCCUCCCGGCUUCAAGCAAGGCACCACUGUUGAUGGCACUUUCUCCUGUGGUCCAGGCGACUCCAGCAGCAAGUACACGGUAUUGUUGGAGGGGCUCACAUGUGCAGACAUCCACCCCGUGUAUGGGCUCUCUCUCGCCCAGCUUCAAGCCCAGAACCCGGAUCUCAGCUGCAGUGCUCCUCUCGCUGUCGGCACGGUGGUGAACGUGGUCCAGCCAAACGACCUCACGCCCUGCUCCGUCUACUACACCACGUCCGAGGGUGACACAUGCGAGUCGUUAGCCGCCUACUUCUCCCUUACCGCCGGUUGCCCCGAGCACACCGAGCCUCCCACCUGCGCAGCAGCCUUCCAGGCGCUCAACCCCGGGCUGGACUGCUCUGGGGGCACCAGCAGCAAUGGAGAGCUGCCGCCCAGCCAGGCGGUGUGUGUGGAGCGGCGGGCGGAGAGUGCAGCGGCGCUGCUCAUCCCGGUGUGCUCGCAGUUCUAUCUGGUGCAGGCCGGGGAGACGUGCGACCAGAUCCGCUCCGUGCCCUCCCCGCCGCUCUCCCCUCUCGAGUUCUUCCGCCUCAAUCCCGGCAUCAAGUGCAGCCGCCUCGUGCCCAAGACUGACGUCGGCAGCCUCACAGGCUUCGAGGUUCCCACCUAG